AUGGCCAGCCAGGUUGAUGUCCUUCUCUAUGGGCUGGGAGCCAUUGGCUCCUUCUACGCCUUCAUUUUGCAUCGUAGUAACAAAGUUCGUCUGACUGUGGUCGCUCGGUCCAACUACGCAGCCGUUAAGGAGAAUGGCAUCCUUCUGAAAAGUGCAAACCACGGCGAGCAUCGAUUCUAUCCAGACCACGUGGUCCGCUCGCCUUCAGAACUCACCCACCCAGUCGACUAUGCUGUCUGCACCAACAAGGCCAUUGACCCAGCCAGCGCCGUCCAUUCGCUAGCACCGGCAAUUGGCAAGGACACCACAAUCGUGAUUAUCCAGAACGGCGUGGGAAACGAAGAGCCAUUCCGCGAGGUCUACCCAUCCUGCAGUAUCAUCUCCUGCGUUACAUGGGUCGGAGCAUCCCAGCCCACCCCAGGCACCGUCAUCCACACCACAUCCGAAGACACCGAACUCGGCCUUUACCCGAACCCCAACGUUUCAGAUGCAGUGGAGGCUGAACGCCUCAACACCUUCACUGGCCUUCUCGCCGCAGGUCAGACUCGUCACACGGUGCACGACAACAUCCAACCCACCCGCUGGUCCAAAGUCAUCUGGAACUGCGCUUGGAACACCCUGACGACCCUGACCGCUUUGGACACGCAAGCAUUCUUGCAAUCCUCUGCUGAUGCCAUUCCCUUCACGCGACGACUCAUGAGCGAGGCCGUGGCCGUGGCUCGUGCUGCGGGUGUCCCUCUCCCGGAUGAUCUGAUUGACACUCAAUUGGCACGCAUUCAAGGUCUGGGGGCAGUCCGAACGAGUAUGCAGAUCGACCGGGAGAAUAACCGGCCGAUGGAGAUUGAGGUGAUUGUGGGUACGCCGGUGCGUAAGGGGCGUGAGUUGGGCGUUCCUACGCCGGUGUUGGAGACACUGUAUGUACUGUUGCGGGCUGUUGAUGGGGAGAUGCGUCGGGUGCAGAAGAUUUGA